GUGCACUGAUCAUCAGGGCACUGAUGAUCAGUGUGCCCUGAUGAUCAGUGUAGCCCCAGCAGUGCCACCUGUCAGGGUCUAUCAGUGCCAGCUCUCAGUGCUCAUCCAUGCUACCUGCCAGUGCCCAUCAGUACCACAUCAAUGCCACAUAUCAGUGCCCAUCUGAGCUGCCUUUCAGUGUCACCCAUCAGUGCCACCUAUCAAUGCCAUUCAGUGCCACCUAUCCGUGCUGCCAAUCAGUGCCACCUAUCAGUGCCAUCAGUGCCGCCUAUCAGUGCCAGUCAGUGCUGCCUAUCAGUGCCGCCUAACAGUGCCAGUCAGUGCCACCUGUCAGUUCCGCAUAUCAGUGCCAUAUAUCAGUGCCCAUCAGUGAUGUCUGUCAAUGCCCAUCAG